UGCCCAAAAUCAUAUCAAAUAGCAGCUGACGCUGACGUUGACCUUGUUUUUGUAACAACGAGCACCAGAGGAGUGUAAGUGCAUUGCCUUGAGAGCUUCCACGCGAGAGUGAAAGAGCAAGAGAGCGAAAGAGAGGGAGAGAGCGCGCGAAAAGAGCCAUAGCAACAGCAACAUCGACGAUUGACUUCCUUGUGAGAGCGCACAGCAACAACAAUAAUCAAAUCGCCGCAGUACGUAAUUGUGCAAUAUUGCAUCUGUAGCAGCUGUUUAAAAUUUAAACGCUUGUAAAGCGAAAUAUUCAAUAUGAGCUUGCUCUUACGUCGCAAUUCAAGCCAGUUGCGUCUGCUGCAGCGUCUAGGUGCAGUGACGACCGCAGAAGUCAGGCGUUUUGUCUCAAGAGAUAGCGAUAACGAUAGCAACAAUGUAACUGCAGCACAAUCGUCGACGACAACAGCAAAUACAGCUGGAACAACAGCUGGCAAUAAAUUGCAGUCAACUAAGCGUUUGAAUAACCUGUCUGCAGUUGCCGACACUGAUAUCAAGAAAUCUGUGUUCAUUUCACAAUCACAUGACAUCUUCACCAACCUGGCCCUGGAGGAUUGGCUGUAUAAGAACUUUGACUUCGGCAACCAUCAUGUGCUGCUGCUGUGGGCUAACGAUCCGUGUGUUGUCAUUGGUCGCCAUCAGAAUCCAUUUACCGAGGCAAAUGUGUCUAGGCUGAUGGAACGCGGCAUCACAUUGGCGCGUCGGAACAGCGGCGGCGGAGCCGUCUAUCAUGAUCGUGGCAAUCUCAAUUGCACCUUCUUCACACCGCGCGAACGCUACAAUCGCAAAUACAAUCUGAACAUUGUGACUCGGGCGCUGUUCCGUGAAUGGGCCAUCAAGUCGGAGAUUAACGAACGCGAUGAUAUUGUUAUUAAAAUUAAAAAGAUUUCUGGAACAGCUGCCAAGCUGGGACGGCCUAAUGCAUACCAUCAUUGCACCAUUUUGGCCAGUGCCAAUAAACUGCAUUUGGGCGAAUCACUGGUGAAGGAGCCAGCCAAUUACAUCAGUCGAGCAACUGCAUCGGUGCCAUCGCCUAUUCGCAACUUGGUCGAUGUGAACCGCAAUGUCAAUGUGCCGCAAUUGCUCUCCGCCGUUGGCUAUGAGUAUCUGCGCACAGCAGCGAUGGCAUUGGAGGAUGGCGGCAGCACACAGUUGAUGAAACAACGUGGCUUUCAGCUGGUCAAUCCCACGGAGAGAUGGUUCCCGGGCAUUGAGGAAUUGCGUGCUAGCUACAGCUCUUGGGAUUGGGUUAUUGGCAAAACUCCCAAGUUUUCGGUAGAAAAGGAGCUGGAGCUGAAGGGCGACAACAGCGGCAUGAAGCUCAAGCUAAGCGUUGACGUGGAAGCUGGUCUGAUGUCGAAAAUUGCAAUACAGCUGCCGCAGAGCGAUCAGAUGGUGCCGGUGGUGACUCCGCUUCAGGGCAAAGCAUACAAUGAGCAGAAUCUGAAUGGCAUUAUUGACGCCCUCAAAAUGGUGUCCACCUCGAAUGUGCAGCAGGCGAUGAACGGAUCUAUUUGAGUUUUAUUCCUUCACCUAACACAAUAGCUGUGCCGCUGAUUCAGCCAUAUAUAGCCAUUUUAUAGUUGCAUAUACAUAUGUUACAUACUUUAUAAACGUAUAAAUAUAUACAUAUUUUUUAUAUUUUAUAUCAAGAAAUUUGCAAUAAAUUUGUUACAUUAAAUGUA